AACACACGAGCAUACAUCUACAACAUCCUGUGCCAUCUCCGCGAAUAUGCUCGCACGUGAGCAAAAACUUUCUCACGAUUUACAACAAAUUUCUUUUCCCACCUCCAUAGAAUAUAUUUAUACACCGCUUGAAUACGCCCGUGAAACGCAUGCUAUGUACGUACGCAAAUACUGUACUACAACAAAAAAAAUAUUAUUCGUUGGCAUGAAUCCUGGACCAUGGGGUAUGUCACAAACUGGAAUACCAUUCGGAGAAAUAAAUAUUGUGAGAGAUUGGCUUAAAAUCUCUGGUCCUGUUGGCAAACCUUCAAAAGAACAUCCCAAACGAAAAAUACAAGGAUUUAACGGUACACGCAGUGACAUUAGCGGACGUAGAUUGUGGAGCCUUUUUCGAGAUCUGUGUAAAAGUCCUGAAAACUUUUUUCGUGUGGCAUACGUAUACAAUUAUUGCCCUAUAGCAUUCAUGGAUAAUAAAGGCAGAAAUAUUACUCCUGUGGAAAUAAAAGGUGAAGAACAAAAACGUUUACAAAAUGCAUGUGAUGCAGCUCUGCAAGAUAUAAUACAACUUCUAAAAGUAAAAAUCGUUGUUGGCAUUGGCAUCUACGCUGAAAAAAGAGCACAACAUGUGGUCCAAACUGGAGGUCUUUUAGUACAGGUACGAGGCAUACGACAUCCCAGUCUAAAAGUUAUGAAUAAUCAUAAAUGGCUAGAAGCGACCCGACAACGAUUAAAUACAUUAAAUCUACUUAAGUAUUUCAGACAAAUUAGUCCGAACCCUUAAACUUUUUUUGAUAUAAAGAACAUCGCGUCUUUAAU